AUUGCACUGAAAGCCUCUGCAGGGAGGGAGGGAGCAGGAGAGAGAAACUUACGAGAGCGCUCCUGGGCGUCCCUAGUCAAUUGCGCCGAGAGCGCAGCAGCUGCGAUGUGAAAUUGACCAAAGUGGUGCAAAACUCUCUCGCUCUGCCCGUCCCUCCCCCCUGCCCUGCCCCCGGGUCGCCCUCUCCCGUUCCCUUCGCCAUUGGGUGAGUUUCCAGUCGCCCCCCGUCGCAGGGCAACAUCCCCAACAUGCCUGAGCAGAUCAGCGUCUCGGAGUUCCUGGCGGUGACUUCGGAAGACCUGAGCUCCCCGGCGGCUUCUACCUUCUCCUCCAAAAUGCAGAAGUGCCGGGGGGCGGUGGCGGUGCUGGAAGAGAGCCUGGACGGUGACCAAGCAAUUCUCCAGAGGAUACGGAAAUAUGUGAAAGCCAUUCAUGUCUCCGGGCUCACGCAUGUCGAGAACGAGGAGCAGUACAGUGAAUCUCUGGAGAACUUCGGCAACAACCACCUGUCUCAGAACAAUCACGAGCUUUCCACCGGCUUCCUGAACCUGGCGGUCUUCACCAGAGAAGUGACCGCGCUCUUCAAGAACCUGGUGCAGAAUCUGAACAACAUCGUCUCCUUCCCCAUGGAGAGCCUGCUGAAGGGGCAGCUGAAAGAUGGCCGGCUGGAUUACAAGAAGCAGAUUGAGAAGGCCUGGAAGGAUUAUGAGACCAAAGUAGCAAAGAUCGAAAAGGAGAAGGAGCGAGCCCGGAUAGCGGGCGUCAUCCAGGCGGAGCCGUCGCCAGCGGAAAUCGCUGAGGAGACACAGAAGGAGCGCCGGAUGUUCCAGCUUCAGAUGUGCGAGUACCUGCUGAAAGCUAACGAGAGCCAGACGAAGCAAGGUCCAGACUUCCUGCAGAGCCUGAUCAAGUUUUUCCAUGCGCAACAUAAUUUCUUCCAAGAUGGCUGGAAGGCUGCUCAGAAUCUCUACCCUUUCAUUGAGAAGCUCGCCGCCUCUUUACAUGCACUGCACCAGGCCCAGGAGGAGGAGGUGAAGGAGCUCACUCAGAUCCGUGACUCCCUCCGAGGCAUCCUGCAGCUGGAGAACAAAGAGGAAAACCUUCUCAGGAAGAACUCUGGCAGCGGCUACAGCAUCCACCAGCACCAAGGGAACAAGCAGUACGGGACAGAGAAGUCGGGCUUUCUGUGCAAGAAAAGCGAUGGAAUCCGGAAAGUGUGGCAGAAGAGGAAGUGUGGCGUGAAGUAUGGCUGCCUCACCAUCUCGCACAGCACGAUCAACCGGCCUCCCGUGAAGCUGAACCUGCUGACCUGCCAAGUGAGACCUCACCCGGAGGAGAAGAAGUGCUUUGACCUUGUGACGCAUAACAGGACAUACCACUUCCAGGCUGAGGAUGAACAGGAGUGUGUUGUCUGGGUGUCCGUGCUCCAGAACAGCAAGGAUGAAGCCCUCAGCAACGCCUUCAAGGGUGACCCAAGCGGCUGUGCAGCCUCGGCCGGGGGGGUGACGGACGCCGGCCUGCAGGAGCUCACCAAGCUGGUCAUUGGCGAGGUGAAGGGCAUGCCAGGCAACAAGCAGUGCUGUGACUGCGGGGCCCCAGAUCCCACGUGGCUUUCCAUCAACCUGGGCAUCCUGACGUGUAUUGAGUGCUCGGGCAUUCACCGGGAGCUGGGGGUGCACUACUCCCGCAUACAGUCCCUCACCCUCGACGUUCUCAGCACCUCUGAACUGCUGCUGGCGGUCAGUAUUGGAAAUGCCCGGUUUAACGAAAUCAUGGAGGCCACACUGCCGGCACAGGGGAAUCUGAAGCCUUCGUCAAGCAGUGAUAUGAGCGCCAGGAAAGAAUAUAUCAUGGCCAAAUACAUGGAGCGCAAGUAUGUCCAGAAAACCGGCAGGGAUGAGCCACACCGGCUCUGGGAAGCCAUUCGGAACCGGGAUCUCUUUGCCUUGUUACAAGCUUUUGCAGAGGGGCAUGAUCUAGCAAAACCCCUGGCUAGCCCUGACAGCCAGGACCAGGGUGAGUUGGCUCUGCACCUGGCUGUGCGUUACGCAGACAAGUCCUCCCUCCCACUGGUGGACUUCAUCAUUCAGAAUGGGGGCAACCUGGACAAGGCGACUCAGGACGGGAACACGGCUCUGCACUACAGCGCUCAGUACAACCAGCCCAACUGCCUCAAGCUGCUGCUGAAAGGGAAAGCGGCCACAAACACAGUGAAUGCAGCAAGCGAGACGGCCCUGGACGUGGCAAGGAGGCACAAACAUGUUGAGUGUGAAGAGCUGCUUGAGCAGGCACAGGCCGGGAAGCUAAACCUGCAGGUGCACUUGGAGUACGACUGGGAGGCCUCUCAGGAAUACACCUACGACAGCGAGGAGGAGCUGGAGGAGAAGCUCAGCCCGCUGCAGCGAUCCUUCAAGUCCACGUCGUCCCCAACCACGGGCCAGCCCGCCCUCUUCCCCCAGAACCGGUGGAGCUGCACUGGCAUGGACAUCAGCAACAAGACCUACGAGACCAUCCUGGUCCCCUCGCGGCCCAUCCAGCGGCGGUCACACAGCGAGGAGAUCCCCCCGCCGCUGCCCAUCAAAAACCCGACCAGAGGGGGCUCCAGAACCAAACCGGGGCAGAGCCCAGCAGAUCGCCCAGAGCUCCCACGUCAGGCCUCUGAGCCCCAGUCCUCUGCAUCGUCAGAGGCACCUGCCUGCCGACACCUGUCCACAUCCAGCGCUCCCAGCACCUUGGACGGCUGUGCUUCCCGGCCGCUGUCCACCUCCCGAAGCCCCCCGGAAGCCAGACGCACGGUCUACUGGGAAACCCGCUCGGAGACGGAGAGCAGCAGCCAGCGGAGGACGUCGGAGACCAGUCAGACAACAGCGCAGCAGCCUGCUGCUGGGACGUCGCCGGAACAGGGGCAAAUAACCCCAGUCAAGUUCAGCUCAGAAAGCACCCGGUCUUACCGGCGGAUCAGCGGCGGCUCGGUGGGGAAAUCCUCCGGCUUGGCCAUCUCCCCGCAAAGCUCUGGCUGCCCCGAGGACCCGCCUUCCAGCAAGGCUCCGAGUUUAGUGCAGAACGCUCCCCCGGUACCCGUGCCGCGGAGGUUUGCUCCGGCCAAGGUGAGGCAGAAGAGGGUGAUGGCUCUGGUGGACUGCAAGGGGGAGAGAGCCCGGGAGCUGACCUUCUCCAAGGGCGAGGUGAUCGUGGUGACCCGGGAGGAGGAUGAGCAGAGCUGGGUUGGCUUCAUUGAAGGAGAUGGCUCCAGGACGGGCGUCUUCCCUGCCAGCUCCGUCUACCUCUUGCAAGAGUGACUGGCUGGUUUUUCCUUUCCCCUCGGAGCCGGUACGAGCUCUCGGGGAGCGUGUGGGGGGCAGGGCUGAGCGCUCACUCCCCCCCCCCCCCCACCAAGGUGUCAGGACUUUGUGCUCAAGCAACUCCACAAGGGCAUCACAGGAGCACAGGCCUGUUUUCUUGCUUCCCUUCCCACCCCUGAGUCUGGACCUUGAGGGUAAUGGACGCUAGGGCACGUACUGUAUUGAGGGUUUGAGGCAGGGGCUUGGGUGGAAUCAAGAUUCCCCCCCCCCCCCACCCCAAGUACUCCCCUCCCACCAUGUGCUGGUCUAUUUAGCCUCUUUACCCAAAUUAGUUCCUUUUCCUGGACGGAGAGGCGGCUGGGCAUCCCACCCACCCAUCGCACCAGGACCAGUGUCUGUCUCUACACCCCCGGCCAGGCCAGCUCACCCUAGCCUUGCAGCUCGCUGGAUGAACUGGACAAUGGGAUCCAUCAUCUUCGCUGCCUCAGUCAGGGGGAAGCUGAUCAACGGGGAAGACUUGAGGAUCUGGUGGAACUUGCAACCUCCUCUGCGGAGUCGGGGACGGGCUGAGGAGCUGAUAGGGACGGCGGCUCACUAGGAAAUGGACAGAGAACGGACAACCUUGCUGCACCUGCUCUGCAGGCCCCGGCUUCAGCCAUUUGUCUGCUCCGUAGCUUUUGUGGGCUUUGAGGGGUCGUCUCCCCCUCGGGGCAGGGGUGGGGUUAUGGCUGGGCCGGGAAAGGGAGUUCAGUUCAGAGCCUGGAUGCCUCUCAUCACAUUCCUGUGGGAUAAAACUGGGAGCUGGGAGCUCUAGCAUUCCAAUACCGGGUAGGGGGCAGGGGCGGGGGGAAGUUCCACUGGGCUCAAAUGUCUGUAUUGAAGGAAAGAAAGGGGUGGCAGAUCCCAAACUUUGUGUUCUUCCCACCCCCGUGAGUCAGGACGGGAGAAGGCUGCCAACCCCUUGUGGGUGACUAGCGACAGUCUCCACGUGGCCAUGCAAGGUGCACUGCUCUCCCUGUUAUUUCCUAGGGAUACCAGACUCUGCGGAGCAUGGAAUGGCAGGACAUGGCCCAUCAACUCCUGAUGUCCGGCCCCGUGCCUUAAAAAGGGGUUAGAAACGGUUCCCUUUUGCAAAUCAAGUGAAGGGGAUCGGUAGUGCAGAGGGCUCAUUCUGGAUCAGACCUGACCCACAGACCAAUUUACACCAAGGGUUAAAUUUCUGUAGCCCAAAGGUUUACACCCCCCCCCCCCCAAAAAAAAACAACAAAAAAACAACAAAACCCAAAACACCCUGUGACUUGACUGUCACCCCCUUCAGCUUUUGUCUGUUUCCUGUUUUAGGAAAUGAGGCUUUGCUGGAGUCUCAGUGAAUCUUCUGUCCUGUGGGUUUAAUCACCCCCCUGCUCCUGCUUCACAGAGACCCUCCUCCUCUUGGGAGGCCGCUCUGUUUCUGUGGCUCCAAUCUGGCUUUCCAUCCCUUUUCCCUUACAGGAAAAUACUUGAAGGAAAUAAAGGGAGCCAGAUGGAUGCCUUGUCCCUAAUAGGAGUCCAGUCCCUGGGUCUCUCCUUGGUCCCUCGCCUUUGUCUAUAGCAUGGUAGGAGGAGACAAUCUCCAGGCAGGAAUCCUGCAGCAGGAGACCGUGAUGUUCUGAGGGUACGGAGAAGGAAAAGCUAGUUUGUCUUAUGGCUUUCCCACCACCCUUUCUUCCUAACCCUGAAACUGUGAAAUAUAUAUAUUUUUUAUAAAUAGGAAAGAGGUCUGUAUUGGCCCGUCCGUGCAGUGCCAGGCUCAAAUUGGAGGUAGGCCGGCUAGAUUUGGGACCAGAUUUCAAUCAUCCAUAACGCCAGGGAGUCUUCAGCUCUGGUUUGGCCUAACCUAGAGAGAGACCGUUGAGUGCAAUGACUAGAAAGAAGGCUCUUGAUUGAGGUGGCUGGACAAGAGAUGGCUCCCUGUGGUUCUCCCGGGUUUCUUAAUAAUUUAGGUGCAGGUUUAGAUCUGAUGAGGACCCCACCGCCAAAAGUUGUGGUGGGGAAGGGAGAUGAGGUUAAUUUUGGGGCUCAGGCCUAGGCCCAUCUCCGCUAUGAAUGUACAGGUUUUUGGUUUUUUGCCUCUGACUCCUUUCCCAUGGGUCUAAUGUUUAUACAGAGACUCAUUCUAGCCUCUGUCAGGAAUACGUUUUAAAGGGGGUGGGGAGCUUGUUUGUUUGGCUUCUGCAAUGGUUUACUGGGACCAAUGCUUCUGACCUGUAUGAGCCUCCCUUGUGAUUUUUUUUUUUUUUUUUUUUUUGUCCCCUGUGAUCAAGUUGCAUUUUUUUAUAAUUGUCAGUGGGUUUGUAGUGGAAUAUUUAAUCUCAAGAUGGUCUCUUUUUUUAUUCCUCCCCCUUCCCCCCCAUUUCUAAUAAAAUUGAUUUUUUUUUUU